AUGACAUCCUCAGAAGUCGCGCAGAAGCCAGCAAAGGGCCAGCAAGUCGCUUCAAGCCAACCGCAAUACGCUCGCGAAGAGAAGGAGCAAAGCGCAAGUGCGAGUGCUAGCGCUGGUCUCAAUCUGAAUCUCUUUGGCGCCCUCUCAGGAGCCUUCUCCAGCAAGUCGAAGAAGGAGAAGCAGCCGGAUGGUACCGAGGUCGAGCACAGACAGGACAACUCGCAUAUCAAGGGUGCGGCUAUGGGUAAUGGUCAGGCGGCCGCAACAGCUGAUGCCGAGUCGCGUGGAAGGGAGAUGCGUGAGCGGAUCCUGGCCGGAGAGAAAUAG